CAAUUUUUCUUUUUUUCUGGCGACUACCCUGUAGUAUUGUUUGAUGAUUAAUUAUUGAAAAUACACUGUUAUGGUAGACUACUAUCAGGACGUAUGUACGUUGUUAAUCACUUGUAAUAUUAUCAGAAACCAUUCUGCUAUUUUUCGGAAGAAAUCUGGGUGCUACUUGAGCGUGGGGAAUACCGCGGUUGAGCUAAGAUUGCACCCGGGUAGACUACAUAGAGAGGUAUAUCUCAUGGUUAAUGAGCACCGAAAUCCGUUUCAAGUCAAUUUAUUUCGUGUUAAAAUUUUCUACCAUGCAAUUUACGAGGAUUUGUUCAACAAAAAAAAAUUUGAGAAUGCUACCAUGCUGGCAUGUUGCUUGUAUGAAUUGUAUACUCAGCAUGACACAACGUGAUGAAGGAAGAGCCGUGAAAUGUCACGAGUGCAGACAAAUAUGUUUAUUUGAAAAUAUUCGUUACCUUCCCAAACCUUUAAGAUGUGGAUGUUGCAAUCAAUUCCGGAAAUGUUCAAAAAUUAUGCCAUGUUGUUCAAAACUAUUCUGCAUCGUUUGCAUCACAAAGAAAUCAACAAAUACGGAGGGGUGUCCCUUGUGUUCGGCAGUGAAAAACCCAUCACCAACGCCGACAAAUCCGAUUCAGCCAGUUCAAGGCCAAGUUGGAAUAACCAUGGAAGGAUUGAAUAAUUUAAAUUAUCGAUCACAACAACAAAAUUACGGAACAAAUCUUUGGCGAGCUUUGAGACGAUUCCGGGAAUCGGAUCUAUCUCGAAACAUAAGAAACGAAGAAAGGAUGCAAGAAAGCGAGGAUGAGCGGACAAUGAAAAAGAUUCGAGACGAUUUACCAAAACUACCCUGCAUUUUCACAUGCGUUUUUGUAGCUGGGUAUUUCUAUGGAAUGAGUCUCAUGUUUUGGAUUAUCCUGGGAGCAUCAAUGCUAAUCACGAGACCUCAUCUUGAAAGUGCUGUAGUCAUUUGCCGAAUCGUUGAAAUAGGAAUCUUAGCAAUGACUCUCUACCGCAAUUUCUAUCAAGUUAUCAGUUAUUUUAUAUUUAACAUAACGCUUGAUAAACUGCUUGAAAAAGUGCACGCAAUCGCGGUAAACGGAUUAGGUUUCUAUGGACAACUUCUUCAUGAGUUGGUUGGUGCUGCAUUAAGGCUUGCCGUAGUUUGGGCCUUUUUUAUUAAGUUUCUCAUUCACGCCGUGUUGAUUACAUGGCUUGUUCUGUUUCUGAAUGAUCAACUUGCGGAUCGAAAACGUGGGAAUAUACAAAUCUAAUGGAUAUAUUCCAUUAUAAAAUAAUUAUAACGCUUUCAUUAAAAGAAUUAGUUUUUCUAAAAAAUUGUAUAAAUUUGUAUUUUUUUACGGCUUUGUUUCAAUAACUUCACAGUUUAUUAUGUAAAUAAAAAAGUCUUUUAAUAAUUAGUCUUUAUUAUGACGCAAUGAUUUCCCUACACCCUCAAUUUUGAGGUCACACUUGACAUUUCAAUUCCUAACCUCAUUUGAUAAUAUAAUUGUAUUUGAUUUAAGAGUUUUGCUGCGCUCUAACACAAUUGUAUUUCGUCAUGUAGUAUAUUUCAUGUAGAUUUUAUCUACCAGACAAGUUACGAUUAACGUUAGUAUUUACAUGAAGCAUAAAAGGCAAGGUUAUUCACAUAAAAUUAAUCGAGUCAAUAAUUACCGAUUACUGGACACAUCGCGUCAAUCGUGCUGAAUCAAAUGAUUGGAUUGCACAACGGAAUCACGGAUGAAAACACCAGUUACACGUACUUUUCGCUUAGGUUAAAAUUGAGUGUUAUAUUUGUGUUUUUUGUUUUGUUUAUCUAUUUGUUUCCUGUAACACCAUUGCUCUAAUUUUAAAUGGUAUUAUUGUGCGCCAAUAUUGCAUGAAUUUCAUAUCUGUUCAAUGAACUAUUUGGUAUAUAUAAUUCGAAUCACCAAUACAAAGAACAAAAAAGUAACAUUUCAAAUUUUCCGAGCGAAUAUGAUAUAUUAAUUUGAAUAUGAAAUAUCAUUAGUUGAAUUCUAUCAGAUUUCAACGGAUACGUAGUAACUAUAUUUCGGAAGAUUUGUUUCGAGGCAAAACAAAAAAAGCGAAACUUUGGUAUCACAAAUACUAAUCGCCAAGAUUUACCAGGCAUUGCUAAUUUUUAGGCUUCAGGCGUUUCAAAAAAAUAGGAGUAAGGCUGUAAUUUAGCGAGGGUGCCUUUUGCAUCUGAUGCCUAGGAAUAAAAUAUAAUUAAUUUGAAGAUAGAUUUAAGCGUUUAGCGGUUUUCGUUCGUUUCAAAAACAUAUUUAAGUAGCUGGAAACUUCUCCUACAACUAUUGUUAUGGACGGUAUUCAAUCUGGCUGUUUAAAAGUUGUCUACUUUUUACGCCUUCGGCAAUAAAAUGUGGAGCAUUUUUAUUAUAACACUUAUAUCUAUUGCAAUCUAUUUGCAAAUUAUAUAAUGUAAUGUGUCGCGCCAAAUUAGUCGAAAUCCUGUUUUAUGUAUCGUCGGAUUGCUAAUAACGACUAUAUCAAAUCAGUAAUGCUCGAUAAAAUUCUUGGUAGUUGGUAUUGCGCCUGUAAUACCAAAGAUUCGCUGAUGUAGAAGCAUUGUACAGGGUCGCCAGAAAAACAGAAAAUUUUUGAAACAGCUAUUUAUUUUUACAAAGAAUAACUUUUACAAAGUUUUUUAAAGGCAUAUUAUGUUAUUAUACAUUCAUAUAGAUGAUGCUCAAAAUUUAGUCCGUGUACUUCAGAGCAGUGUCUUAACAUAGAAGUCUAAGAAAUGAGUAAGCACGCAUUUUAUUCGUGAUCACAUCUGUACUUUCAAUUUUUUUUUUCUAGCGACCAUCCUGUAGUAUUGUUUGAUGUUUAAAUAUUAAAAAUAGACUGUUAUGGAUGGUAAACUACUAUCAGGGCGAAUGUGUGUUGUUGUUUACUUGUAAUAUUAGCUGAAACCAUUCUGCUAUUCUUCGGUAGAAAUCUGGGUGCUGUUUUAGCGUGAGGACUGCCGCAGUAUUAUUUUUCCGCGGUGGAUCUAAUUUUGCACAUGGGUAGACUACACGGGGCUGCAUGCUAAAGGAGCACCGUAAUCCGUUUUAAGUCAAUUUAUUUCGUAUUAAAAAGUUUUAUUUUGACUGAGGAUUUACCAUGCAAUUUAUGUUAGGUAGGUUUUGUUCAAUUUAAUUGCGUUUCUAACAAAACAAGGUGUAGCCUACAUCUUUGCAUUUGAGGGCAUACAGAGGCAAUAAAAAUGGAACAAAUACAAAACGAAACCUGUCCUAUUUGCCUUGAAAACAAAAAAGAUUUAAGAAUGCUACCAUGCUGGCAUGUUGCUUGUAUGAAUUGUAUACUCAGCAUGACACAACGUGGCGAAGGAAGAGCCGUGAAAUGCCACGAGUGCAGACAAAUAUGUUUAUUUGAAAAUAUUCGUUACCUUCCCAAACCUUUAAGAUGUGGAUGUUGCAAUCAAUUCCUGAAAUGUUCAAAAUUGAUGCCAUGUUGUUCAAAACCAUACUGCAUGGAUUGCAUCACAACGCAAUCAACAAAUACGGAUGCACGGUUGACUUGUCCAGGUCGUUGUCCACAGGAUUUGAACAGCAUUGAUGAAUUGCCACAAUCGAAAUUAUGUAGUUUGUGUUUUCGUUUACAUUCCGACGAUGCUUUAUUGUGUGGUCACACAGUUUGUGCUGAAUGUGACCAGAAACUACAGAAAGAAAAAAGGGGGUGUCCCUUGUGUUCGGCAGUGAAAAAUCCAGCACCAACGCCGACAAAUCCGAUUCAGUCAGUUCAAGGCCAAGUUGUAAUAACCAUGGAAGGAUUGGAUAAUUUAAAUUAUCGAUCACAACAACAAAAUCACGGAACAAAUCUUCGGCGAGCUUUGAGACGAUUCCAGGAAUUGGACCUAUCUCGAAACAUAAGAAACGAAGAAAGGAUGCAAGAAAGCGAGGAUGAGCGGACAAUGAAAAAGUUUCGAGACGAUUUACCAAAACUACCCUGCAUUUUCACAUGCGUUUUUGUAGCUGGGUAUUUCUAUGGAAUGAGUCUCAUGUUUUGGAUUAUCCUGGGAGCAUCAAUGCUAAUCACGAGACCUCAUCUUGAAAGUGCUGUAGUCAUUUGCCGAAUCGUUGAAAUAGGAAUCUUAGCAAUGACUCUCUACCGCAAUUUCUAUCAAGUUAUCAGUUAUUUUAUAUUUAACAUAACGCUUGAUAAACUGCUUGAAAAAGUGCACGCAAUCGCGGUAAACAGAUUAGUUUUCUAUAGACAACUUCUUCUUGAGUUGGUUGGUGCUGCAAUAAGGCUUGCCGUAGUUUGGGCCUUUUUUGAUAAUUUUCUCAUUCACGCCGUGUUGAUUACAUGGCUUGGUAUGUUUCUGAAUGAUCAACUUGCGGAUCGAAAACGUGGGAAUAUACAAAUCUAAUGGAUAUAUUCCAUUAUAAAAUAAUUAUAACGCUUUCAAUAAAAAAAUUGUAUAUAUAUAUAUAUAUAUACAUUUGUAAUUUUUAAGCUUUAUUCAAUAACUUUACAGUUUAUUAUGUAAAUAAAAAAGUCUUUUAAUAAUUAGUCUUUAUUAUGACGCAAUGAUUUCCCUACACCCUCAAUUUUGAGGUCACACUUGACAUUUCAAUUCCUAACCUCAUUUGAUAAUAUAAUUGUAUUUGAAUCAAGAGUUUUGCUGCGCUCUAACACAAUUGUAUUUCGUCAUGUAGUAUAUUUCAUGUAGGUUUUAUCUCCCAGACAAGUUACGAUUAACGUUAGUAUUUACAUAAAGCAUAAAAGGCAAGUUUAUUAACAUGAAAUUAAUCGAGUCAAUAAUUACCGAUUACUGGACACAUCGCGUCAAUCGUGCUGAAUCAAAUGAUUAGAUUGCACAACGGAAUCACGGAUGAAAACACCAGUUACAUGUACUUUUCGCUUAGGUUAAAAUUGAGUGUUAUAUUUGUGUUUUUUGUUUUGUUUAUCUAUUUGUUUCCUGUAACACCAUUGCUCCAAUUUUAAAUGGUAUGAUUGUGCGCCAAUAUUGCAUGAAUUUCAUAUCUGUUCAGUGGACCAUUUGGUAUAUAUAAUUCGAAUCACCAAUACAAAGAACAAGAAAGUAACAUUUCAAAUUUUCCGAGCGAAUAUGAUAUAUUAAUUUGAAUAUGAAAUACUAUUAGGUGAAUUCUAUCAGAUUUCAACGGAUACGUAGUAACAACAUUUCGGAAGAUUUGUUACGAGGCAAAAAAAAAACGAUAGAAAAAUAGAAACAGAAAAUGACAGCGAAUUCAGGAACCAACCAUAAGGAUUUUGUUAGUUUUUUUUAAUUUUACGAAUUCAAUAAGGACACAAAUCAGAAUUUAUUUGGAAAUUUUAAUUGCAAAUUCCUUUCUAUAAUUUUCCUCUGCGGAUCGUCGCCAGUGAUCUCAUAAUAUCUUUCGAGUUUGUCAGAGCGAGCAGUUUUCGAUGUCUCAAUGAUCGAGCGCCCUCGCUAUGAUUUCCAUUGAAUUUUGUAAAU